AUGGUCAGAGUUUCCGUCUUGAACGAUUGUCUUAACAACAUCAACAACGCCGAAAAGCGUGGAAAGAGACAAGUCCUCGUCCGUCCUUCUUCCAAGGUCAUCAUCAAGUUCUUGUCCAUCAUGCAAAAGCACGGUUACAUUGGUGAGUUCGAGGAAAUCGAUGACCAUCGUUCCGGUAAGAUCGUUAUCCAACUUAACGGUCGUCUUAACAAGUGUGGUGUUAUCUCUCCCCGUUUCAACAUCAAGGUUACUGAAAUCGAAAAGUGGACCGCUAACUUGUUGCCUGCUCGUCAAUUCGGUCACAUCGUCUUGACCACCUCUGCUGGUAUCAUGGAUCACGAAGAGGCUCGUGCCAAGCAUGCUGGUGGUAAGGUUCUCGGUUUCUUCUAUUAA